UUUACUUUAGCUUCGAGUUAUUGACAACAGUUUGCUGUGAGCAUACUAGCUGUGAUGCUCAUAUCUGUACCACAAUACAUUCAUUAAUACAUUCUUGUAUAUCUGAGAAAUAGAAAACUAUUCGGAAGUUUUAUGAAUAAACGGAUACUGUAAAAAUGGCAUCUUGUCUAAUACAUUUUCUUCAAAUAUCUCUGAUUAUGUGGGUAUCGAAGGGCCAUGAAUAUGCCGAUAGCAACUGGGAGACGCUGGAAUUUAUUCUGCCGGAUGAGGGCGACACUCAUGGGGCAGGAAUUACUUGCUAUAAUGUCAGUGACUCGUUCUGUCUCCAUGGCUACUGGUUCAAUUCAGUGCAGAGCAAUCGGAUGUGUGUGCAGCCAGAUGACCUUGACACGUGGACUGCACUGAUUGAGGGGGUGUGGAUGAACUACAACUGGUUCUCAUUCGACUCCAGAUCAUUCGGCACCUGUUGUAACUCGCAAGUGCACGAGUACAUGAGUCAUGGCUGUAACUAUGGAGUGUCGCCGCAGGACUACUUCGACAAAGUCACCGACUUCUCCAACCAAAACAACGACAAGCAACUCAACCGAAUCAAGGCGCGCUACAACUCGACUUCUGAGUAUAACAUCAUAUCGGAGCUGGGUUUCGGAAAAGGAUCCCUUGUGAUGGAUGGGGUCAAGGACUAUCACGACUUCGUUCUUCCGCCCAAAUUGCAGAUGAUGGACACUAUUUUCACAUUUGACGACGUUCAGAACGAGCUCACUUAUGAUUGGUUCAAAAAGAGCAUUGUUUGCAAAGGUCAACCCUGGCUGUGCAAUGACGAGAAAAAGAUAAACUGACUCAAAAUACUCAAAAAAUAGAAAGCUGUAGUUUUUUAGUGUAUGGUAAUCAUAAAUUACACAGUUUGUGAUGAAAUAAGAUAAUUGAAUCAUACAAUUGAAAACAGUUUCGAAGUUUUUGCUUUUUGUUUAGUAUGG